AUAGUGAGUAAUCCAAUACUCUCUCUCUCUCUCUCUCUCUUUCUCUCUCUUCUCCCUAUCCUCUUUUUGUAUUUCUUCUUAGCUAGAAAGAUUGUUCUUCGAUUUCCAUUUGAUUCAUCUAGUUUCUAGUAAUCAGUAAUGGAUAGAUCAACUCCGGUAAGGAAACCUAACGCAUCCACCUCAGAUCUACUUACCUGGUCGGAGAAACCUCAAGCCGAUUCACCGACCGUCGUCUCCUCCAGACAGCGUUCGUCGACUCGUUCUCAUCAGCCAUCCGAUGGGAUUAGUAAAGUUGUAUUUGGAGGUCAGGUAACUGAUGAAGAAGUUGAGAGUUUGAAUAAGAGGAAACCUUGUUCAGGCUAUAAAAUGAAAGAUAUGACUGGCAGUGGCAUUUUUGCAGCAAAAAAUGGCACUGCUGAAUCUGAUGCAGAUCACGCACCAAGUAACAAAACAGGACUAAGAAUGUAUCAGCAAGCUGCUGCUGGAAUUAGUCACAUUUCAUUUGGUGAAGUGGAAACAGUUUCUCCCAAGAAACCUGCUACAGCGCCUGAGGUAGCAAAGCAGCGAGAACUGAGUGGAAGUCUAGAAAGUGAUUGUGACUCAAAUUGUAAAAAACAAUUUUCAGAUGCCAAAUAUAAGGAACUUAGUGGACAUGAUAUCUUUGCACCUCCUCCUGAAAUUCUUCCUCGACCAGUCGCUGCUCGAGCACUCGCCCUCAGAGAGACUAUAGAAAUUGGAGAAUCUGCACCCCGCAAUAUAAGAACAUCUGUCAAAGUGUCCAAUCCUGCUGGAGGGCAGCAGACAAACAACCUGUUUGGCGGAGGCGAACCUAUCGCGGUGAAAUCAGCUAAAAAACCAGCCCCAAAAUCCGAUCAGAUUAAGGGAGAUGCAGCAACAGUUCAAACGCAUAACGAAAGGCCAAUAAGUUCUGCUAAGCUUCGUGAGAUGAAUGGAAGCGAUAUCUUCUCAGACGGUAAAGUUGAAGCUCGCGACUACUUUGGUGGGGUUCGUAAACCACCUGGUGGUGGCAGCAGCAUUGCCUUGGUUUGAUUUGUGUUAGCUACUAACCAACCAACCGACCAUUUGUCUUCUUUUUUUUUGGAUUAUUGCUUUUCAGUUAUUCUGUUAAUGAAACGACUAUUCUAGUUGUAAUUCAGGUGUUCUUGAUUCGUCGAAUCAAUUAUCGUACUUGUAAACACACUCGUUAACGCUUCUUUUGUUUAUUUAUUCUAUCCGGAAAUAAAUUGGGAGGUUCUCUUCUGCAA